AUGAGCGAGCACGGGGCGGGGGUCAACACCACCGCAGGCUUCCCUGUCCGCGCGCCUAGGGAUGUAGAUGUGCCUGGUUUCACCACGGUGCUGGGCCGAGGCAUCCUGAGCGGCGCCCUGGGCGCAGACUUUGAGUGCGAGGGCUCCCUUCUCCCCGGCAAAUGCACAGAUGGCUGCUCCAAGCCUGUGUCUGUUCUGCAAUCGAUUUCCCUGAGCGACAACAACGACUUUCUAGCUCCCAUCGUCUACACGCUUGUGCAGGAUUCAAGCCAGCUUCAAACGUUCUACCUGCAUCCUGGCGAGGCAGAGGUUGUGGCGCCCAGCGAUGCUGAGCUGGCGGUCAUUGAUUCAGAUGGUCUAGACACCGCAGAGCUGGCCAACAGCACCAUCUGGCUGGGCUGCAUCAUUGCACCGGCCCUGAUGGGCGGCCGGCGCGUACAGGUGCUGGAUGGCUUGGAAUCAGCAGAAGCAUGCUGCCGAGAGUGCCGCAUGGUCCUUGGAGAAGAUGAGAGCGAGGGCGGCGGCUGCAACGCCUUCAAUUUCUGCCCUCGCGAGCUGCUGUUCCAGGAGGAGGUGCAGCCCGUGGUGGGCUGGCCACCUAGGGUACUGGCCAAGGGGGCUGAGGUGCCGUUCCUGGGCGGCUCCCCGCUCUCCGCCACCUUCCCUGAGGUGCCUGGCCACACGCGGCUGCUGGGGCGCGGCAUGUUUGCGCAGGCCGGCUUCUCGUGCCCAGGCUCGCUCAAGCCUGAGAUACAAGAGUGCAUUCUGUAA